GUGCCCAGCUUGGACAGACUGUCGCCGACCGCCUGCGGAACCUGCUUCCCUGAGCGCCGCGGAGCCUGGUCCGGGCUGGCCCCUUUGCUACCCCGGGAGCGGGCCAUGCCGCCACGGGAGCUGAGCGACGCCGAGCCACCGCCUCUCCCAGCCUCGACCCCUCCUCCGCGGCGGCGCAGCGCACCUCCGGAGCUGGGCAUCAAAUGCGUGCUAGUGGGCGAUGGCGCGGUGGGCAAGAGCAGUCUCAUCGUCAGCUAUACCUGCAAUGGGUACCCCACGCGCUACCGGCCCACGGCACUGGACACCUUCUCCGUGCAAGUCCUGGUAGAUGGAGCCCCUGUGCGAAUCGAGCUCUGGGAUACCGCAGGGCAGGAGGACUUUGACCGGCUUCGCUCCCUCUGCUACCCAGAUACUGAUGUCUUUCUGGCUUGCUUCAGUGUGGUGCAGCCCAGCUCCUUCCAAAACAUCACAGAAAAAUGGCUGCCGGAGAUCCGCACUCACAACCCCCAAGCACCUGUGUUGCUGGUGGGCACUCAGGCUGAUCUGAGGGACGAUGUCAAUGUACUAAUUCAACUGGACCAGGGAGGCCGGGAGGGCCCAAUACCCCAACCCCAGGCCCAGGGUCUGGCGGAGAAAAUCCGGGCCUGCUGCUACCUUGAGUGUUCAGCCUUGACACAGAAGAACUUGAAGGAGGUGUUUGACUCGGCCAUUCUCAGUGCCAUUGAACACAAAGCCCGCCUAGAGAAGAAACUGAACGCAAAAGGCGUGCGCACGCUCUCUCGCUGCCGCUGGAAGAAGUUCUUCUGCUUUGUUUGAGCAGUCACGGUAGUGCAAGUGGUAGGCAGGUGGCUGGAGACUUCCGGACCCUGGGACAUCGGGUACUAGCAGGGCCUGGCCAGCUCCCGGGACUCAGUUCUCUAUUGAACGCUGGGAAUGUGGGCCUCUAGCUGCACACUCUGAUAAGACGGGGUGAGCUCUGUCCUGUGCAAGGGGCUGACUCUGAUUUGGAUUGCAUUGGUCAAGACUCGCAGGAAAAUCCCAGCACUUUGAUAUUCAUGGGAUAAUCGCAUCAGUGCCGGUUUCUGAGCAGCUUGGGAUGUAAUUCCCAUUUUUUUUUUUUUUUACCGUGGGGCCGCUGAAUGCAGGCCCAUUGUGGAUGCCCUCACCCUCUCCUAGCACAGGUGUGACAAAGUGAGGCAUCUUGGAGGGUUGGAAGAUGGUCGGUCUUGAUUUGGAGAGGUUUGAGAUGGAGUAGGAAGUGAGAGUUUGAGUCUCACGCCAGUGAGAGAUUGAGACGGGAAACAGAACGUGAGCCUUGAAGUGGAGGACUGGAGACGGACUAGAGGACUGGGCCUAAAAAAAGAGCAGGGCGGACAGCUGUGGAGAGGGCUGACACCUGGGCUGCCCUCAGGCCCCAAGGCCAGGGAGGCUGGGCUGUUCCCGGGGAAGAACUGGGUCUCUGGACUCCCUGGGCACUGCCCAAACUGGCUGGGCCAGCAAAGGGGCAGGAAGUGAGAGUCCAGGCCCAGCGAAGGGAGGGGGAGGAGCUGCAAAUGAGAGCCUGAAGGAGGAAGGGUCAGGGGUUGUCCCUUUCCCCAAGGUCAUAGCUUAGAAGGUGAGCAAUGCA